AAAGAGAGAGAGAGAGAAAGAGCAGUCUGAACUGAAACCUGUUUGCUAUAUGAACCUUGAAAAUGUCGUCAAGAUCCAUUCACGGCAUUGCAAUCAAACAUUCCUCUUCUCUCUUUGAAUUAUCUUCAUCCAAGAUUUAUUCUUCACCAAAAUCUUUCAAUCUCCUUCGUUUCUCUCAUCGAUCUCCAUCUUCAUCUACAUUCCUCAGAAACUCUCUUCACCUCAGCCAUCGCCGCAGCUUCACAACCCAAUUCUCGACUCUAUCUCCCGCCGCAGCCACCGAUACCAUUUCCAUGGGUGAAGUUCCAGCCGCCGUUGCUUUUGAUGCAGGCAUGGACGCUGUACAGAGGCGUCUCAUGUUUGAAGACGAAUGUAUAUUGGUAGAUGAGAAGGAUAACGUGGUUGGUCAUGACACCAAGUACAACUGUCAUCUGAUGGAAAAGAUUGAAACUGGAAAGAUGUUGCACAGAGCUUUCAGUGUAUUUUUAUUCAACUCAAAAUAUGAAUUACUCCUGCAGCAACGAUCGGUCACAAAAGUCACAUUUCCCCUUGUGUGGACAAACACUUGCUGCAGCCAUCCACUAUACAGAGAGUCGGAGCUAAUUGAGGAGAACAUACUUGGAGUAAGAAAUGCUGCCCAGAGGAAGCUUUUGGAUGAACUGGGUAUUCCAGCCGAAGAUGUGCCAGUUGAUCAGUUCACGCCAUUGGGUCGUAUGCUAUACAAGGCGCCGUCUGAUGGCAAAUGGGGAGAGCAUGAACUUGAUUACUUGCUGUUCACUGUGAGAGAUGUGAGCGUACACCCGAACCCUGAUGAGGUUGCGGAUGUGAAAUAUGUGAACCGGGAGCAGUUGAAGGAAUUGUUGAGGAAAGCUGAUGCAGGAGAAGAAGGUUUGACAUUAUCACCUUGGUUCAGAUUAGUGGUAGAUAAUUUCUUGUUUAAAUGGUGGGAGCAUGUUGAGAAAGGUACUCUAAAUGAUGCUGCUGAUAUGGUUACCAUUCAUAAAUUGAGUUAGAAGAAAGAACAAAAGACUGAAUAUUUGCAUUCAUUAUCUGGAGUGAUUUUGAACAUUUUGUUUUUGUUUAGCUUGGUUUGAUGGUUAUGAAAUAACUUGAACAUGUCAAUUUUUCUAUUUA